GUUUCGCAACAUGCCGUCGAAAAGACCGUAGGCUUCGUUUCCAAGAAUCCAGCCAUCCUCGGGAUGUUCCACUCAUUAUCGUUCUCACCACGUUCUAAACGCGUACUUACUCGCGAACCUAAUUCAAGUCGAAAUAUCAUGAUGAUCUCCCGAUCGAUUUACGUGGAUCUUCACGACCGAUCGUGCAUCGACGCACAGUAUUUUUCUAUCUCCCGUUCAAAACACUACAUAUUCUUAGCCGAUGGUCGUCUACAGUUCCUUCGAGUAAGUUGUAAUUGCCAAUGGCAAUUAUCCUGGUUCAAAGAAAACAUUGACAUGUUUACGAUCUUUCAACGUUCAAGUAUCACCUUUGUUACGUCGCACAGUUCGGCUGGAGAUUGAAAUAAAUUGCGCGUGAUAACGGGCGUUAUAAAAUUUUGUAAGUACAUGUGAUGAUCAUACAUAUUCAUUCCUUUUAUUACACUGGUUACGCGAUGAAACUGUGAAUUAAAUGCGUCGCUUCCAAGAAACGAGAAUGUAUUUCCGGAAAUAAAUCCAAUUUCAUCGUUCUACGUGAAGGAAACCGUAAACGGGGAAUUUGUUGUUCGAACGCGCGUAAUUAGUUACAUCAAAUUAGAACGCAAUACUGAGAGUAGUUAUGUAUACAAAACUAGUGUAAGGAAUUUUAAUGGGAGGUUCCUGACAUGAUUUUAAACAUUUUCCUUUGCGAAAAAGUUGUCCUACAGUGUUAGAGCGAAACUAUUUAGUUAUUUCAAACUAGCGUGCAUAAGUUUCAAUAUUCAAAAUGGGAAUUCCUGGACUAACUACGUACAUACAUGAUCAUUCCGAUCGUUACUUGCGGAAUUAUGAAUUACAUGAUACAUAUUUAGUGAUCGAUGGUAUCAACAUAAGUUGUCGAAUGUUUAAGUUAUAUAUGGACGCAAGAUGUAAUUCUGCAUUCGGCGGCGAUUAUGAUAGUUAUGCACGUGCUGUAUCAAUCUUUUUCGACGAUCUAUUAAAAUGUCGCAUAACACCGUUGGUUUUGAUUGAUGGUGCCAACGAGGAUAAACAAUUAAGGAAAAGCAUAGUAAGGAGAAAAGAGAGAAUGCAAUCAGCUUCGCGGUUUUCUCUGUCCGGUCAACAUAGAACAGAAAUUUUCCCCUUAUUACAAGUUGAUGUGUUCAGAAGUGUGAUGAUAAAGAAGAACAUUCGACACGCACAGUGUCUAUUUGAAGCUGAUAAUGAGAUAGCUGCAGUAGCAAAGAUCUUAAAUUGUCCUGUACUUAGUUACGACUCGGAUUUUUAUAUAUAUGGAUCACAGUACAUACCGUUUAACACAUUGGAUACUUGUGUAGUUAGUCAUUCAAGGGGGAAAGGAUAUGUAAAACGUUGUAAAAUUUAUAAAGCUGAAUAUUUACUAAAUUCAUUUAGAGGUUUGCAUGAAUCGAUGUUACCAUUGGCAGCAAUUUUAUUAGGUAACGAUUAUGUUGAACGUGGAACAUUCACGAACUUCUUUCGUCACAUGGACAUAAAAAAAAUACCAGGAAGAAAAUAUAGAGAGAGCAUGAUUACAGCAACUUUUACGUGGCUAAGCAAGUACACCUUGAAUACAGCUAUUACCAGGAUUUUAAUCACAUUACCCGAACCUUCGCGACGAAGCAUGUUGAAUUUAAUAGAGGACAUUAUUAACAAUUAUAUAAAGACAUCAGCUGAAAUACUUAUACCAUUAAGAUUCCCAACAGAUUACAUCACUCGUGUAAAGACGCAACAUUUAAGCAGAAGUUUUAAAUUUGAUGGAGACAUUAGUAUUUCAACAUGCAUAAAACAAGCUUAUGAAGGAGAAAAGGACGAGGUCCGCAUGGAGGAAGAUUAC